AUGGCACCGAAUCCCCGCGUUGUUUCGCGCCUGUCGCCCUCACUCUCCUUGAUAGGCUGUCUCCUCCCCUUGUUCAUCUUGUCUCUGACGGCGCUUUUCCCGUACGCCCUUGAAUCGGUACAAAAACACCCUGCAGAUCUCCUCGACAAUCUGACCUGUACUGGCCCCGCCGCCGCGAGUCUCCAGUGGGAGGCGUCGCCGUCUCUGUCGAUCGGGUCUUGGGAGCAACUUCCGUGCGUGGACGCGUCUUCCGUCAAUUUGCUGGCCUCCAGCAAAGAUGUCCAGGCCGGAAACAUUCUGCUCCUCGUCGACAUCGACGACACCCUCAUCGCCUCGGGGGGAUGGCACGAGGUAAUGGGCCGGAGUCUAGGGGGACUCGACAGCCGGUACGGGCGCGGAUCCGACUACCCUGGAUUCGGCGCGGUUCUCUUCCUCCUCGCUCUCGGCCCCCACGCACGCAACCUCCGAACUGGCCAGCUAACGGAGUACUCGCUGCCUUCGAAAAUCAUGCUCGUCACCGCCCGACCCAAUUUGCCGCUAUUUCGACCUGACCACCUCGUUCCCCAUGUCAGCACCAUCCUCGCUAGAGGCGCGAGACAAAUCAUGGGCGACGAAGCGCCGGAAUGGGGAGUCGGCUCGCAGAAUAGCAUGCGUCCUGCUAACGCGCUCAGAGGCAUGCGCGGCCGAGGAGAAAACAAGCUUUCUUACAUGGUUUCUGUACUGAGUGAGGGCCAGCCCGUGGCUGAGUCUCGCGUCGACGAACAGACCAAGGUCAUGUUCAUCGGCGACACGGCCGAAAGUCUCGUUCUCGCCCUUUUUCUCUUUUCCGGUCCCUCCGAAAGCGCUUCUGUUCUGUCUGCUGGCGUCGACUGCGUCUCCAGGGACUUGGAAGUGGCUGUCGGCCUCACAGCCAUGGCGCCAGAGAAGAUGAUUGCGCAUUUCCUCCACGUCGUCUACGCACACAACGUCGCCGACCCGACGCAGCUUCACGCGCCCUCGCAGUCGGCGCCGGAGAAACUCGACGAGGAUUGGAUUGUGAAUAAAGUCUCUCAGGUGCUUCAGGAUGUCUUCUCGGGCGCAGCGCGCACGGCUGCGGCAGUGACUCGAGCUUUGAAGGAGAAGGACGAGCGGGAGAAGAAGCGCGGGGCGCCUUCGCGCGCACCUCCGGAAAGCCCGCAGACAAACAAGCAGAAAGUCAGCGUGCAUGACGCACUGGGCAACACCACACGCUUCGGAAUCAAAGUCGGCAACGCGCUGGUGGACGCGAUCGCCAUCGUGUACGACGUGCUCGUCACGAGCGACGAUGAAGAGGGACCGCGGCGGUGCACGGAUCUGAGUGCCGCCGACGCGUUCGAGGUGGGCGUCUUGGUUGCGCAGAAGGUUCGCUUGAUUUUGGACCUUUACCAACACCGCUGGCACCGCACCUAUGCGGCGUUUCGAGCGCAGGAAGAGGGGGAGGCCGCGGGGUCUGCUGUACCGCCUCGGAUGCUGCCGGUCAUCUUCGUCCAGUGCGGGUCAGUGAAGCUGCGCGUGGCCCAUGACGCUCGCCCACAGGCGCCUCUCGAUGCAUAUGUCUCGGAGAUGCAGGGCGGCCGAAGCCGCGUCUCAGUUCGCUUCCGGGGAACUGACACACUGAAGGCUGGCAACCACGUGGACGCAGAGAGCUUGCAAAGCAACAUGCUGGACAGCCUCGGAAUUCCAAUUGUCCCGUUCGUCACCAGCAUCUCCGCGGUCGCGCAAGCGUAUGUGCUCGGCACUGUCGACCUCACCGAUGUGCUUGUUGUCGUCAGAAAGACGUAUGAGUCACUCCGGUCGCAAGGCCCAUUGGCGCAGCCGGCGCGCCUGCCGGCUCUCCUGGACCACUACUACGACUUGCUGUCCCUCCGAGCGCUUCUGUUCCCAGGGGGGAGGGAGGCUCUGCCUCCCGAUGCCCCGGCACGCGUGCGGGCGACCGUCGACUACCUCGACGAGCUCGUGAAGGUCCAGAAGGCGUUCGUCAAGCGGUCGGCUUAUCUUCGGGCAGUCCCUGACCGCACGGAGUCGUGCAUCCGAGAGCUGGAGCAAAUUGCGGAGACCCAAUAUGAGCGCAGCCUGCGGCAGCGGGCGUCUGGGGACCGCGAGGGCGUGUCUUUCUCACGUUCGCAGUUUGUCGCUUUCACCACUGCGUUUGGAGAGCUCGUGUGCCCGUACGACGUCGAGCUCUCGAGCGUCCAUUUUGCGGGAGGCGCCGAAGUGCAAGGCUUGGCCGUCUACGUCAGUCGCUUUGCUCGCCAGGCGCUCAGCGCAGCAGACACAGCGGCUUACAGCAAAGCGGAGAGCAGGAAGGCGACGCACGAGAGUUCGGCCAACCACGACACGUCUGCCGAGCGAGUGGAGGGGUCGAGCGCGGAGGCGAAGGAUGUGACUAAGGGACAGGCGGCAUGUCCCCUCCCCGUCGACGUUCGGGCCACGUUUGCAGCCAUGUACGAAGCCUUCUGCGCAGAGGUCGCGGGAACUGUCUGCCGACUGCUGGAGUCGCGGCUGCUCUCCAGUGGCGUUCUGGCCGACUUCAUCUUCCUCGCGCAGGAGCGGGGGAAAGGCAACGCCAAGCCCCUGCGCCUACCUCAUCUCGGCCGGGUCGUCUUUGCGGAUGAACAGGGUCUGGAGGCCUUUGAAAUGCAUCAUCGGAAGCCUGUGAGGGAUGUCUUUGGCUCUUUGGGGUCAAAGCUGGACGAGGCAAUCAUGGAACAAGCGGCGUCUGGGUUUUCCUUCACGAAGUGGCCUUUUGCCGAUUCGUGGAGUCGUUGGAAACACGUUGCAGGCGAUUUGCAAUUAAUUGUCGACUGUGAUCUGCUGACGCACGGGAAACCGUAA